CAGGAAAUCAGUUGAAACGGAACCAUUUGGCCGCAAGAGGCGCUAUGCAAUAUUGUAGCGACAUCUGUUGUCAAGCGAGAGUAACACAUCACAUUUGAUCACAGAUGGCGGUAGUACCGAAAAGCUAUUGUACUUUCUUCCUAAAAAUGAAAUUUGUGCGCUUGUUGUUUUCAAAAUAAACAAUAUUACUUCAAAGUGACAAAAAUGUCGAAUUCAGUAAGCCAAAUACUUUUAAUAAGAUAUCAAAUUAUCUAUGUAUUCAAACCCGUGAUAAGCAGGCGAAAUUAUACGAAAAACACAUUAUUUGCAACAAUAUAGUUUUUGAAAAUGGUCGCAGCACCUGCGCCGCGCAUUUGUCGCAUUCAUCGCAAUAUACAUGAGGCCGUCAAAACAUUAUUUAUUUACAAACACGCAUCCGGCUGAUCCAAAUCCGCAAACCGCAAAAAGUAUAGGUUCUUGUGCUAAAGGUUCCGAAAUCAAGAUUUUCAUGAUGCCAACAGUGUGUUGUGUAUAUAAAUGUAAAUCGAAGUUUACAAAAGAGAAUGCGAUUACUUUCCAUCAUUUCCCCAAAAGCGGAAAACUUAUAUUCAAGUGGAUAUUGAUUUUGAAAAUCGGAUCAAAGCUGAAGUGGUCCUCUGCAAAAGUUUGCCAGCUACAUUUUUCAUCGAAGCAAUAUGAUAACUACGAUACCCGAAGACUGAAGUAUGAUGCCGUUCCAGAUUCAAAUCUACCGAAACGUCCCGCGAAGAUUUUCAACAUCUCCGAUUUACCGCCGAAACGGAUGCGCAAGCUGCAGGUGAUGAACGAUUACAUCUAUGAUCCGGUCGUGAACAUCGAAUCUUGUACUUCCUCAGUAGACAUUGAAGGGAAGUUAAGCAGCAAUGCUACUUCGGCAUCUCCUUUGGCGCAUACUGAACCGAACAACAAUCUGGAAUAUCCUGUACAUGAAGAUUUUGAAGUACACCGUGUUUCAAAAACGUAUCCAAUAAAGCGUUUGGAUAUGUUGCAGCAGGCAACAGAAUGCACAGGGAUGCAUAGUGAGGACAGCAAACAAGGCGAGAAAUUAGUGUUAUCAUCUCUAUUUGAAAAUCUGGGACGCGAAGAGGAAGUGGAAUACCAGAAGCUUACGUCAACGCAAGAAACCGAUACGCUACGCAGCCUAUCUCCUGAAAUUGAUACGAACCUGUUAUGUCUCGGGGGAGUUUUGGCGGUACAUGGUUUAAAGCCAAAACAAUUUACUUAUCUGAGUGGCUUAACCAAGGUCCAAUUCGACGUGGUCUACAACUUGUGCAUUUAUCGCCAAUCAGGUUGGCCAUGGCCAUACUAUCGUAUCCCACUGAAAGAACAACUGCUUCUAACUCUGAUAAAAUAUAGGCAUAAUUGGGAAUACAGGAUGCUUGCCAUUAUUUUUAAAAUCAGAGAAGGUACCGCGCAAGAAAUUUUUAUAUUUUGGACAAAACUUCUGUACAACCGCUUAGAAACCAUUGACUUCUGGAGUAUGAGAUCACGUAAUGACGGAGAAUAUGUUGUAAUUUUGGACUGCACAGAAAUACCAGUGGAAAAACCAGCGGCUCCAGAUCUUCAACAAGCGACUUUUUCAAAAUACAAAAAUACAAAUACGUUCAAAACGCUGGUAGCGAUAGAUGAGCAAGGUGUUAUCUUAUUCGUAAGCAACAUAUUUGGCGGUUGUGUAUCCGACAAUCGAAUAGUGGAAAUGUCGGGAAUCGUUGAUCUGCUCUCGGAAGGAGAUUUCGUAUUAGCAGACAGAGGCUUCGAACAGAUAGACGCUCUCUCUGCUAAAGGCAUAGUCCUUAAUCGACCCCCAAGAAAAAAGGGCGCUCAACUCACAGAGCAGGAAGUGGCAUCCACUCGUGCUAUUGCCUCGCGUCGUAUUGAUGUCGAAAGAGUCAUCGGUUAUGCUAAAACCUACAAGAUACUGAAGCAAAAAGUGAAAUAUUCACUGUUCCCAAUGAUGGAUAUGAUUAUAAAAAUCCUAUUCAAGCUAACUAACUUAAGGCGUCCUAUUUGUAAAAUUAAGAAUGAUAAAGCUCGAUAAUGUUUUGAAGAACUAAUGAGCGAUCGAAUAAAAAUCAAAAUUGUUAGUUUUUAAUCAUUCUAAUAUGGAUUAUCUAUAAAGAAAGAAACUCCAUAUUGAAUAUAUAAUUUACUGACAUCUUGGUGUAGAUGGGGCACAUCACAUAUUCUUCAUAUUUUACACCAUUGAAGUGAGCGAAAUGUAUAUAGGGUGACUUUCAGUAUUGUCGGCAGUUCACUCUUCAUCAUGAGGAUCACAAAUUUAUAUAUGCACUGUGGUGCAUAAUUCAUCGGACAAACGCCGAUUUUCAUACGAAAUGGCCAAGUUUGAGGUGCUGUAACCAUGGUUUUCGUUGAUGGAUUGAACUAAAUUUUUGACACACUUAUAUGCUGAAUUUCACAUAUACUAGGUACAAAAUGUUUUCGUUCACAGGUUUGGGCGUGGCAAGGUGUUUAAAAUGUGCAAAAGUG